AGACAUCGAAGAAAAACGUGACGCACUUCCGCCAGUAGAACAGCCACCGUCAGUUCCUCUUGGUGUUCUUGGAGAAUUAAAAAUCGUUUCCUUCCUAAAAGACGGGGGACAUUGAAAGUGAUAGCUAAGUAUUGAGUGACUCGUUACGCUUUGUUCACGUAAGAGAAAAGCUAAUUAUAUAGUUUCCAAUUUGCCGUGCAUCAGAACGCUAUGGCAAAGGUACAAGUGUUGAAUGUGGCUGUACUAGACAACCCGAGCCCAUUUGGAAAUCCUUUUCAGUUUGAAAUAACCUUUGAAUGCAUGGAGGACUUGCUGGAAGAUCUGGAGUGGAAGAUCAUCUAUGUGGGUUCAGCUGAAAGCGAGGAAUAUGACCAGAUUCUGGACUCUGUUCUAGUCGGCCCGGUACCGGCUGGCAGACACAUGUUUGUGUUUCAGGCUGAUGCUCCUAACACAGGGCUCAUCCCAGAAAGUGACGCUGUAGGAGUGACUGUAGUGCUUAUUACCUGCACCUACCGUGGACAGGAAUUCAUCCGUAUUGGUUACUAUGUCAAUAAUGAAUACACCACCCCUGAGCUGCGGGAAAACCCACCUCUCAAACCAGACUACACUCAGCUCCAGAGAAAUAUUUUAGCCUCCAACCCUCGUGUCACCCGCUUCCAUAUCACUUGGGAGGGUUUGGCAGACAAGAUGGAGGACAAUGAGAAUGUGGACCCAUCCCCCAACAUCAGUGGCAUGCACCCUCCGUCCUGUAUACCAGGAAAGGUGCCACCUCUUGGAGUGAUGCCAGACAACUCCAUGGACUGCAUGUAACAAUCAUCAGAAUAGCAUAAUGGACAAAAAGCCCUCCUUAUCUGGACUCUCAACCACACUGCAAACACACAUUUGAUAUUUGGACAAGGAGGCCACGGAUGUAUCAACGUAAUGUGUGGGAAUAACCAGGAAGCAUGGACAUUGCAGCAGGGACACUCUUUAUAAAGCAUACACAAAUGGGAGGAGCCUGUAAUACCGAUCAACUGCUUCAACUCACACAGAUGUUUACCACCACUGCCUUAUUUUACAGUAUCUCUGUCUCAGAUUGUGUUAAAGCUGAGCUAGAGAAGCUUUGAGUCAUCAGGAUGAGGAAGUCUUAAGACUAGACCACCAUACAGCCCUGUGUGGGUCAUACGCAUCCACCAGUGUUGACCUGCUUGGUGCCCAUACUGCACUGGUCAUUAAGUCUUCAUGAGCACAGAUCCAAGCUAUGCUAUGGGCAGUGUUCUGUAUGUCAGAAUAGGUUUAGCACUCGCUGGUCAUAAUGUAGCAUUUCACAGUUCUGAGGGUUUCAUCUGAUGUAAAUUUAUAGCAUCUGGAGUACCUGAGGAAACAAGUGUUAGCUUUACAAUCUGGGCCGUUCUCUGGAGCCUGCUACAAGAAGCAGCUUUGCUUCCUGUUAGCUUGUACCAAAUAGAGCCUUGUACUUGCAAGAUUUGCCCUUGACUUAUCUAGAUAACUCUGUAAACCUGCUCUUUUUCAAGCAGGCCCAAACAGAUAUAGUUCUCUAAAAUGUUAUAUAAAAUGUCUUAUAAUUAUGCACCAAACAUUUGCAGUCAAGUUUUGAUAAUUUGGGCUCAUUGUAAAUAGUCUUUUCCCAGCCCUUAUUUUGUCUUCAAGAUGAAAAGACAUUUUCUCUUUGUACUUACUGUAUAUUCUCUGCCUCAGUAUUUGUAACAGUAGUGAUGAUGUUAAUAAAGUUUGAUUUGUGGACCUUG